AACGAGCCGCAGCACACGGAUGCGCAGCGGGAAUGAUAUGGAUUAUAGUGCAUGUCAAUCUUCUGGAUCACUGGAUGCCCUAGAGAGAUGCCCCCUGUGCCCCCAAGCUCGUUUCUUCAGAGGUCGACACCUGGUCACAGCCAUAGGCUCCUUCAGGAGCGGCUCCGCAGGCGGCCUCGAUGGCUUGAGUCCGCAACACCUGAAGGAUCUCACCUGCCCAAGCGCCGGGGAAGCAGGUGAGUCGCUCUUGAAGGAGCUUACGGCUCUGACCAACCUUAUGCUCUCCGGCAAGGUGGACGAAACCGUCAUAGACGUUUUGUAUGGAGCAAACCUCUGUGCUUUGCGCAAGAAGGAUGGCGGUAUUCGUCCAAUUGCCGUGGGGACCACUUAUCGUCGUAUGGCAGCCAAAAUCUGCUGUAAAUUUUAUAGUGAGGACGUUUCGGAAAAAUUUCAGCCCCUGCAGCUAGGUUAUGGCUCGAAAGGGGGCUGCGAGGCUGCCGUACACGCCCUGUCGACCUACCUAAAUUAUGGGAACGGAGAUGUCAUCUUGAAGGUUGACAUUAAGAACGCAUUCAACUCGGUGAACAGGGACACCUUGCUGGCAGAAGCCAAAAAAGAAAUACCCCAAAUUUUUAGUUUCCUCUGGCAGUGCUAUAGACAUCCAACCAAAUUACUUUAUCGGGACAACCUAUUAGAAUCCGCUGUUGGCUGUCAACAAGGUGAUCCCCUCGGGCCUGUGAUCUUUAGUUUGGCAAUUAACCCAAUAAUUCGGCAACUAAAUUCUGAAUUUAACGUCUGGUAUCUCGACGAUGGGACCCUGGGAGGCAACAGAGAUACCGUACUUAAUGAUUUCAUUUUCCUAAGAGACAAACUCCAUAACAUUGGCCUUGACCUAAACAUUUCCAAAUGCGAACUCUUUAUAUCUGACACAACCGACAGACAGACGACACUCCAAAAAUUUAACGCAGUAGCCGAUGGCAUAAAAUAA